CCACUUUCCAUUGAAAGCGCAAGCAACACUGAAUUGUGUCGUAGGUUGACGCACUGAAUAGCGGUCUGGCAUCGACGUCUUUGACCUCGGCGACUGAUGGCAGAUUAUGGUUUGUUAAGUCGAAUUGGCUUAGAACCAGUAUUUCCCGAGGACUUGUGACUACCUGAGAGCAGUAACGUCUCUACCUAAGCGGGAAUGAUGGGGCUUCGGCUUUGGGUCUUUCCCGACCAGUCAUCUUCUCCGAGCGUUAUGUAGCAGAAGACUUCGACAUCCCGAUACCGCAUACCCGAGCGGGGUCCAUCUUAUCUGGCGUUUCAACGGCACAAGUCACAGCUUUCCCGCGGGAAAGGCAUAUGAAUAAAGCCAAUCGUCCCGCUCACGGUUUUUUGUAUCUCCCUGAACCAUCACUAAGUUACUAAGAAACCAAUUGCAAGUCUAAGAACCAACAAAGGGAGAUGGCAGCCAAACCUCGCCCUCCCGCUGGAACUGAACUAUCAGCGUCUAAAAUUGGGCAGCAACUCAGUGAUUACAUCAAGAAGUAUGUCGCAGAAAAUGAAAAAUCGCGUCAAGUCAACAAGAGCGCCUCGGGGUCGUUACCGGGCGGGACGACCAGGUCUGUUCUUCAUUACCAGCCUUUCCCACUGGCUUUCUCGGGAGGCCAUGACUGCCACCUGACGUCGAUGGACGGCCACGAGUACCUGGAUUUCGUAUCCGAAUACUGCGCCGGAAUGUUUGGUCAUUCGCAUCCGGAAAUCAUCGCUGCUGUCGAGAGCGUAACGAAGACCGGAUUCACUCUGGGUGGACCGACGCCCAAGGAGGGCGAACUGGGUGCAUUGCUCGUGGAAAGGUUCCCCAGCAUCGAUGCCAUCAGGUUUUGUAACUCGGGGACGGAGGCCAAUACAAUGGCGAUCGCUACAGCUUUGCAUUUCAACGGGCGAAGAAAGAUCCUGGUUUGUGAAAAUGGUUACCACGGCGGAACCCUCUCCUUCUCACAUGAGAAUCCCCUCAUUUUGCCCCAUGAAUUCAUCUACGGUCGGUACAAUGAUAUUGAGUUUACCCGGCCUAAAGUCACCGACGAUAUCGGCGUUAUCAUUGUGGAGCCAAUGCAAGGUGCCGCCGGGAUGUUCGAAGGGUCGAGAGAGUUCCUGAACUUCCUAAGAGACGAAGCGACUCGGGUCGGCGCCAUCCUCAUUUUCGACGAGGUCAUCACGUCGAGGCUCAAAUAUGGCGGGUUGCAAGAGCAUCACGGCAUUACGCCUGACAUGACGACCAUUGGGAAACAUUUCGGCGGAGGCUUCUCGUUCGGCGCUUUCGGCGGCCGCAGCGAGAUCAUGGACCUGUACGACCCGGAGUCGCCGCGAAGUCUCUUCCACUCCGGUACGUGGAACAAUAACGUAUUUUCAAUGACGGCGGGUAUCGCUGCGACGAAGCUGCUAUCGAGAGAGGCUCUCGAAAGAAACAACGAGCUGGGCAACAAACUCCGCAGCAACAUGGCGGCAGCCUUUGCAUCAAAGGAUGCAUUCAUCGUCACACUCACCGGGUUUGGAAGCGUCAUUGGUGUGCAUUUCAACGGACCGUUGGCAAAUGAACUCCUGGACCUCUUUUUCUUUUACCUCCUCGCGAAGAGGAUUUAUGUCGGCCGCCGGGGUUUUUUGGCCUUAAAUCUCACACAUGGGGAGGAGCACAUCAGCCGUAUGCUUGACGCUGUCAGAGAUUUCUGCGCAGAGGUUUUGUGAGAGUUUGGAGAGAUGGAAAGCAUCUUGUCCACUUACACUGCUUGAGCGCGAUGUGUACCGGUAUGUCGGCCAAAGAGUUCAGAGGAUGAAUUAUUAGAAGCCCGCUGUGGAGAUGGAGAUUCGUAGAAAAUGUUCCUACACAAGCCCAUCCAGUUUUGAUGUCACUCAUUCUAUGUGUGUGUGUGUGUGUGUAUGUG